AGCCAAGAUAUGUGACACCUUGAAAGGGAGCUUCAAGCACAAGAAGACUGAAUUACAGGAUUCGAAUUUAUUAAAUUUUUGUGAAAUGGAUAGAAGAUGCUGACAAAAGGAUGAGUAAAAACUCAUCUAUACCGAUAUGGAGUUUAGGUUCAAAGUAUUCGAGGGUAUCAAUCAUACAAGAGAUUUUACCUUCUAUGAAGCAGAGGAGGUCAUGUGCUAACCGCAGCAACAAAUAUCUAUUCCCACAGAGUACUGGAUCCCUAAAGACGUGUGUUCCGUUUCCUCGUGACAAAUACAGCGCCCGACGUAUGCCAGCUCUCCCUGAACUGUGUCAGAAAUACUUCUCCAAGUCUGAGAAAGGGGUAAAAGAAGAGGAAGAGACAAGGGGAAAUAAGAAGAUUCAGAUCAGACUACCGGUAGUAAGACACACAGAACGGCACAAAGCGAAACAACAGGUACCAGAGCGUGAGGUAGGAGGAGGGAGUAUCUCCUAUGAAGACGACUGGACAUUUGCCAAGUUGAACAGCUCACAGGGGCUGAGAAACCAGAAAGCGGGUGCUCCUACUUUGAAACACUACUGGAAUAUCUCCGGACAGGAGCGGCAACGGAUCAUAUCUUGUCCUCAGCACAAUUUGUUGAUGGAUACGGGGGCCUCAGAAGAAAUUGAUACGAGAGUGUGGAGAGUGCCAGCAAGGUGCCUGACCGCCACAGGAAGCGAAACUAACACAUCCGACAUCCUGGCUACGACCCAGAGACUCAUCCGAACGGCUGAGAGUCUGCAAGGAUCCACAAAUCAGCUGGAGAACGCCACAAAUCAACUAGAGAACGUCACUAGGGACUGUGAGGUCCCUGACACGCCCCUUUCUUGAUCAAUCUGAAACGUGCUUUUCAAUGGAAAGAGACGUUAGACUUUUCCCGUCAAAAUAAAUAAAAGUCAUAAGAACCAUAAAUUGUCAUAGUAUUAGUUGAUCGGAGUCCUGAGCUCCGGUUAAACUUAACCGCUUUCUGCAGUAAUUUGUUUUUAAUCACUUGUCUGAGUUCUCCAUUUAACUCGCGAUGAAGAUAAGCAUAAUCAUGAAUCAAUUAAUAUUAUAUGUUGUCAUUCUGAUAUGGGUUCUGACGGAAACAAUUUAACCACGGACUGCGGACGUAACGUCGUUUUUAUAUCGAGCGAGUCUUUAUAUUUUAAAUUUUAAUACCAUGCCAUAUACGUGCCCAUCUUAGUAAAAGUUUUGACGAAAAACAACGAUCAUGAACCAUCGUUGCAGUUCUACUAGUACUAUUCAUUUUGAUGAAAAUAAGGAAAGUUCGACCAGGACAUAUAUUUAUUAAGAACUGUAAGAAUCAAUUUAACCAUAAUUAUUGACCAUUGCGACAGACAGUAACUGCCAGACCAAGGUUAUAACAGUAAAUACAAAUGAUAAUUGGUGUCACGCUAUUUACUGAUAUUUACAAUUGCACUUGGAGGAGAUGAAUCAUUGUUGGGGAAAGUGUCUAUUUUAUACUAAAACUAUCUGUGAUUAACUUUAUUGGCUUUUAGAAUCUACCCAUUUUUCAAA